CCUGUAAUAGUACUGUGCCCACACACAAAGCUAAAACAGCCCACCGCGGAAAGACGGAACAUCGAUCUGCGCCGCUGACACUUAGCGGGUUGCUCAUUAUCAGUGGCGGUAAAUCUUCGGCAUUUUGCGGUAUAAGAGACAUACCGUCAAGUCUCCUCACAUUAGUUGUAUAUAAAAGGAAGUUUCCUUUUAUAUAAUAGUUUCUCAACUUAGACAUUCUAGGACAAAACAAGCCCAUCUUCAUUCUUGGUUUUGAUGCAUAUUAAGAGAUGGUGAAUUCAGUUAAUAAGUUCUGGGAGGAGACUUCUCCUGGUAAAUACGAACGCAAUGUCGACGAACUUGAGCAGUUAUAUACGACGUUGGCAAAGAUGCAUGAAGGUACUGGCCACACUUUCUUCGCAAUUACUGCUUGUGUUACACUCACAGUUCCCACCACAAUCGGUGAGAGUCUGUCAUAUUUGGAAGCACAAAUCGAGAAAGCAUUUCGACACUCAUGGAAACAAAUGCGAUAUGAUCAUCCAACUCUAGCCGCUCCUGUGGUGUAUGAUCCUGAUACGGAAUCAUGCAAAAAGGUCUAUCAGACACCUCAAAACGCUUCUGAAGUUAAUGACUGGCUCGAGGAAACGUUCAAAGUUAUCGACAAGGCACAAACCGGUCAAGAGUUUGCUAACUCGGAUCCACCCAUUGGUCGAUUCGCAACUUUGUAUCUAGUCACGCCUCGUCACGAUUCUCAUCAGUCCGAGAUGACAAAGGAGCUUGUGCUCCACAGUCCUCACGACAUAAUCGACGGCGUCGGCACGCUUAUGCUUCUUGAUAAUCUCAUCCGUGUAGCCUCUGAAGCAUUCUCGUCGCUCAGCAGCCAGUCCGAAGUCGUCUUCGGAGACGAAUCAAAGAAUCUUUCACCACAUCUCAGAGUUGCGGGUAACAUCCCGCCUACACGUAAUGCUGCCCAAGAAAAGAAGCUUCAGGAAAUACAAUCUGCCAAUGCAGAUGCCCGCAAAGAUGCGGAAAUCCUCACCCUCCCGUUCAAUUCGGUGCCAGAAAUCGCAGGGAACUCUACGCGGAUUGCCAUUAACUUGUCGCCCACAGACACGCAGGCGGUUUUGGCCAGGUGCAAGGCUCUUGGUGUAACUCCUACGCAUGCAUUUCACGCUGGGAUCGCCCUGGCAUUAAGAGACCUGCAAGAGAAAGGUCAAGAAGAGCGCAAGGCUAGAUAUAUCGGCUACUCUCUCAACAACCUACGACAAUCCUGCAAAGAGCCAUAUAACUCACCGCAGCACGCCGCUGCUGUUUAUCACAGUGCCUCCGCCUACUCUUUAGUCAUUGACGUUGUCAUUCCCGCGGUUGGGCAAUCCAAGAUCGCCACUAAGAGUCUCAAUGAAUUCGAGUUGGCUUUGAAUCAAGUUAAAGACUUCUAUCAAUCCUGGACACCUAACGCCGACUUCCUCAGUAUGGUCCCCUUUAUUGCUACGGGGAAAUUACCUCCUUACUCGCCUGAGACUGGCCCUGUUCCUCCUCCCGACCAUUCACCUUCCGUCUCGUUGUCUAGCAUGGGCGUUCUUGACCGAAUCAUAAAGCCACAACGGGGGGUAUUCAAGGUGGAGAAUCCGUGGGUUAUUGGGGCGGAGUAUAGGACUGGGAUGGGAUUGUUCUUGAGUACAUGGGAAGGCGUGUUGUGUUUGGGCGCAGGCUAUAAUGAUGCCUAUCAUAGCGAAGAUGAGGUUUUAAGGUUCUUAGAGAGCGUAAAGGAUAUUGUCUUGGCUGGGCUGGCAGUAUAAUCGGAGUUGGUAUUAGGAAUGCAUAGUAGAAGGGCUCACUAGCCAAGCGAUGAUCCUAAGCAAUUGUCUUCGCUUCUUCCUACCUGCUUGUCCAUCCUAUUUAGCUUAGGAUUUUGUGUUAGUAGCCCUAGGGUCAGUUCUGAAGGACACAGGGCGAAAGGCUAACAGGAUCCAAGAUCGACGAAUUUCUACCGAAAGCAGCAAGGCCACACUAUUAGGAAUUACUGUACCGGCCCCAAGGAAGCUUGCAGUGCGUCUGUAUCCGUCCUUAUAGCGUUUAUGCCAUACAGCUUGCAAUACUAGUUCUACUACCACCUCGAGCAUGGGUCGCUGAUGUCUAAGAAAGCAGCAUAGUUCAAUACGGUUGUUGCAUGGAUAUAGUGGUCAUAUGAGAGAGCCUGUCGCGUUGAUCUAGGGAGGUUGCUGCAGAGUUUAAGAGAGGGUAGUGCGCAAGAUGGGUGUAACGCUAGGUCUUAAACGUAUAAGACACAUAGAGGUUUUGUUAUAUAGUUUACUUAUCAGAGGAGGCAGGGGAUUAGACACAAAGGCUUUCGUAAAAGUUUGGUUCGCGCCCGGAAAUCACACUCACUUGUGUUGGAAUAUGCUUAGUCACCACGCAGCUGAGCCACGUCAACUCACAUCGUCGAUCACGGAC